AAUUUCUCUUUAAUCUAGUAACCCACACAUUGAACUUUCAAUUAAUUCAAUUCAAUUAAAUUCAGCAAUAAAGAAUAGUCUAUGCCUCUAUGGUCUCCGCCAUACCGCCAUUCCUCUAGAUCCCUCUUCAAUUGCAAACUAUAACACGGAAUCCCAAUUCAUGGCUACUGCUGAUUACUUCGAAAAUUCUUUAAGCAUCUAAUUCGCGUUCAAAUACUCUUGCAAAUCAAUUAUACCAUAUUUCUUUCUAGCUAUUACUCGGUUUUUACUUCAAUUUCUUGCAAAUCGUGCCUUUCGGGAAUCCAAGCUGAAGAAGUGAAUCCUAAACAUGUCGAUGUCAGAUUCAGAUACCUCGUCACAUGCUGGUGAUUAUAAAUACUUUCGUCAAAUCACUCGUGAUCGGUUGCUUCAUGAGAUGCUUGGAUCAACAAAGAAGGGAGACUCACGGUCAACUUGGAAGGUUCUCAUCAUGGACAGAUUUACAGUUAAGAUAAUGUCUUAUGCUUGCAAAAUGGCAGACAUCACUGAUGCAGGAGUCUCAUUGGUUGAAGACAUUUAUAAAAGAAGACAACCAUUACCUACAAUGGAUGCUAUCUACUUUAUCCAGCCAUCUAAGGAGAAUGUUAUCAUGUUUAUGUCUGAUAUGUCUGGAAAAAAGUCUUUAUACAAGAAAGCUUUUGUUUUCUUUAGUUCACCUAUUGCCAGAGAACUAGUAGGUCAUAUCAAGAAGGAUGCUACAAUUUUGCCUCGAAUAGGUGCAUUGAGCGAGAUGAAUUUGGAGUAUUUUGCUAUUGAUAGACAGGGUUUCACUACUGAUAAUGAGAGGGCUCUGGGGGAGCUCUGUGGAGAUGAUGAGAACCAUCGUAAAGCUGAUAUAUGUUUAACUAUAAUGGCUGCUCGAAUUGCAACAGCAUUUGCUUCCAUGAGGGAGCUUCCUUUUGUUCGCUAUCGAGCUGCCAAGUCUCUUGAUGCCAAUACUAUGACAACCUAUCGUGAUCUAGUUCCUACAAAGCUAGCUGCUGGAAUCUGGAACCAUCUGACAAAAUUUAAAACUAGCAUUGCUAACUUCCCCCAGACAGAAACUUGUGAGUUGCUCGUACUAGACCGAUCUGUUGAUCAGAUUGCUCCUGUCAUACACGAGUGGACUUAUGAUGCCAUGUGCCGUGAUCUACUGAACUUAGAGGGGAAUAAGUAUGUCUAUGAGGUUCCUGGCAAAGCUGGAGGGCCUCCGGAGAAAAAGGAGGUCCUUUUGGAGGAGCAUGAUCCCAUCUGGUUUGAGCUUCGACAUUUACAUAUUGCUGAUGCUAGCGAAAGGCUACAUGAGAAGAUGACCAACUUUGUGACAAAGAAUAAAGCAGCACAGAUCCAUCACAGUUCAAGAGAGAGUGGUGAAUUGUCAACACGUGAGUUACAAAGGAUGGUUCAAGCCUUGCCACAGUAUAGUGAUCAAAUUGACAAGCUUUCUCUACAUGUUGAGAUUGCUGGAAAAAUAAAUCACAUAAUCAGGGAGCAAGGACUCAAAGACAUUGGUCAACUGGAGCAGGAUCUUGUUUUUGGUGAUGCUGGAACUAAAGAAGUUAUCAACUUUUUAGGGACGCAUGAGGACUUGAGCCGUGAAAAUAAGUUGCGCUUAUUGAUGGUAUAUGCUGCUAUAUACCCUGAGAAAUUUGAGGGUGACAAGGGUUCAAAGUUGAUGCAGCUUGCGAGGUUAUCAUCAGAUGACAUGAAAGCUGUCAAAAACAUGAAACUGCUUGGCACACCCCCUGAAACAAAGAAAAGUUCUAUUGGAGCUUUUGCACUGAAGUUUGAUAAUAAGAAAAGGCAAGGAGUCAGAAAGGAACGUGUAGGAGAAGAAACAGCAUGGCAAUUAUCUCGGUUUUAUCCUAUGAUUGAGGAACUUGUUGAAAAACUCAGUAAAGGUGAACUUUCGAAGAACGAAUAUCCUUGUAUGAAUGACCCAAGUCCCACUUUUCAUGGAACGUCUCAUCCUGCUGCGAUACAAUAUACUGAGACUCCAGUUGCCCACUCUAUGAGGUCAAGACGGACACCAACAUGGGCUUCUCGACCUCGUAAUUCUGAUGAUGGUUAUUCGAGUGAUUCAGUUCUCAGGCAUGCCUCAAGUGAUUUUAAAAAGAUGGGCAAGCGUAUAUUUGUAUUUAUUGUAGGCGGUGCUACUAGGUCAGAGCUAAGAGUUUGUCACAAGCUUACGACGAAGUUGAACAGGGAAGUCAUUUUGGGUUCCUCAAGUAUUGAUGAUCCUCCUCAAUUUAUCACGAAACUGAAGCUACUGUCGUCCGCAAGUGAACUUUCUUUGGAUGACCUUGAGAUAUAGUUGUCUAGCAUGAGAUCGUUAUCCUGAUAAUUCAUUCUUUUCCGAAUGUGUAAAUUGUGUGCUGUUAGUUUUGAAGAUACAUUCUGAUUCUGUGUAAAAUGUGUAACAUUUUAUAUUCUUGCGCUUGCCAACGCGGCCUGUAUCUGUCGUUACUACCAUUGAAAAGAAGGAAUGCAGUUCUAAUUCAAGAUGGUUUUCUAGUCUCACUGUAUCUAGUUUGAAUCGACCUUGAACUCUGUCAAUAAAUUUUUGUUCCUCUGGUUAUUAGAAGUUUUUGGUUAAAUCAUAACCAAGUUCUGCA